UUUCAACUGAAACUUUGAAUUAUUACUAGACGUAAUACUCGUGCGAUGUAUGGCAAAGUAGAGAGCUCCUAGGGCAGAGCCGCCGCUAUGUAAUUUCCGAUCUCGCGUAGGGUUUUUACUUCGCUGCCCUGGUGCGUCGUUUCUUUCAAUCGACGCAGCACUGCGACGGAUUGCCAUGGUUUGGACGUAGCUCGGGAUGGACGAUCGUGGCAGCGAGAAGAUGGUGGAAGAAGCAAGAGAGAGAUGUAUGGAUGAUCGGGACAUGGUCAGCGUGGAGAGGCUGAGCGCUCCAUUCGAUGGCAUGCAUUUGGGUCAUACGGCGGGUACGCCACUUAAAAAGGGUGUCAAUCGAGCGACGGGCCGACCUCCGCCUGAACCACCACCAUGGGUUGUACGAGGUGCUAGAGUCCGUGAAAGUUUUCCUAGUAAUUUUUAUCUGUUUGUCAUUUGUUUUCUUGUGUUCAUCUUUGUUCGUUGUUGGUUUUGACAAUUUGUUUGAGUUUUUAGCAUCUCUUUAUGUCAUUGGGUAUGGUUGGAUCUAUGGGAACAUGUUUGGCUAUGUCAAGCCCACUACAUGGUUAGCGAUUCGUGUUGCUCUUUCAGGGGUGAUCGUUUCAAAUUCUCACCAUAGGGUUACAGUCGUAGUUGUUGGAGUUUCAAUUGGUGCCAGUUUUAUUUUCCCUUUGCUUGAUGUAAUAAUCCUGAAUCUUUUGAUAUAAAUAGAGGCUAAAAAAAUUACACUAUGUAAAGUAGCACUUCGUAUGG